AUGACGAAGCUCUCGGAGCACUUGAAAAACGUUCACGGUAUCGAGCGUGCUUUCCACUGCGACGAAUGCGGCAAAGCAUUUCGUAAUGCAUCCAAUAUAAAGCGUCACAAGCUCAUACAUACGGGGAUAAAGAAAUUUGUAUGCGACAUUUGCGGUUGGUCUUGUAAUCAAAAGAGCAAUUUGGAGUUCCAUCGGCGUCGCCAUGUCAAGGAUUACGCGUACAAUUGUGAGCUUUGUCGUAACAAAGGUUUUAUAUCGAAGAGCGAGUACGAGGAUCACAUGCUGAGCGUUCAUACUCAAAAGAAAAUGUACCACUGUGAAAUAUGCUCGAGAACUUAUGGUUACAAAAAAAAUUUAACUGCUCACGUGAGAAUUCAUCACGCCGAAAUUGGCAACGAAAAAAUCACAGUUUUAAAGUACAACUGCAAGCUCUGUACUCGGGGCUUCGUUUACGCGAGAUUAUUAAAAAAUCACAUGAAAAGACGACACGGCAUUGUGACUAAAACGAAGACCAGGCUAUUUCUAUGCGACUUUUGUGGCGCUCGAGUCUCGUCCAAAAAAGCUCUCGAAGCUCACAGGAGGAUUCACACCGGUGAGAAAAUAGCGAAGUGUGAUAUCUGCGGUAAGGACUUUGGCACGAAGGAAAGCCUCAGAAUUCAUCGACGCGUUCAUACCGGCGAAAAACCCUAUAGAUGUAACCAAUGUGGCAAAGACUUCACUCAAAGAACAUCCCUCGUUGUUCACUUGCGCUACCACAACGAGGAGAGACCUUAUCAAUGCCUCGAAUGCGGCAAAGCUUUCGUAACGUCGAGCUUCCUGAAAAAGCAUCAAAAAACACAUACUAAUAACAAACUCAAUGAAAUCACGAGCCUUCACUUUGCCGAAUGA